AUGCAGUUCGAUAUCGAACAGAUUGAAGGAGAACUGGACGAUCUCGAUCGAUGGGAAAAAACCCACGGUGACGUGAGGAAGCUCAGCUGUAGACGUCGUGACAGCCACAGGACUCCAGAAGAGCUUGCCGCAGCAGGCUUUCCGGCUCAUUUCAAACGGUGUCGCCCGGUGCUCUUGUCCGAUCUGCGACUCAGAUUGCUGGAGUAUGACGUUUUCCUUCUCAAAUGCAAGGAGAUGGUGUCACUGCAGCGUCCAUCCAGUCGUGACUACGAAAGUGUUCGAACAUGGUUCAAGGACAACCAGCCGAUUGUGCAGAGGGAGGAGCACUUCAUACGACGGAAAGAGGAUAUGAUAACGCUUAGGUCCGGCCGCGAAUCUGCUGUGUUCGAUAGCCUCGUUGAGCGAUGCCUCAGUCGUGUAGACGACUUUCUGCAACGCCGGCUCCGUUGCCAAAUAAUCAGAAACAUCUUCCUCACGCCCGAGCUUCGCGAGAAGACCUCCAGCGGUUGGGUCCGAUAUUAUGCGCCGGCGCGCGUUGACAAGUUGGUCAACAUUAUCAUUACGAUUGUGAUAUUCAUCCUGCUCGUGCAUCCCGUCAUUAUCAUGUACGAGGUCACCGAGAUGGGCGCUCAGCAGUCUGCGCUGGAUGCGAUAGGUGUGCUGGUUGUGUUCACGCUCAUCUUCGGCAUGGCUGUUUCGUCGCUUACAACUGCGAAGCGGCACGAGCUGUUCGGUGCCUCAGCAGCCUACGCCGCGGUGCUUGUGGUCUUCAUUGGGAACUUUGGGGUGCAACAAGUAGAGAUCCUGAGUCGGUCCACACCAGGGUAA